AUGUACAUCCGGCUGGGGUUCGCCCCAGCCAUCGUCGUCUCCUCUCCUUCCGCCGCGAAGCUCUUUCUAAAAACCUACGACCACAUCUUCGCGAACCGAUCCCACCACGAGUUCUCCUACCUCGUCGCCUAUGAGCAGCGGAACAUUGUCUUCGGACGAUACGGGCCGUAUUGGCGCAACAUGCGGAAGCUCUGCACAGUCCAGCUCCUCAGCGGCCUUAAGAUCCGGCAGUUCGAGCCGAUGAGGAAGGCGGAGGUUGGGAGCAUGGUGGAUUCGCUCAGAGAGGCUGCUGCGUCGGUUGAUCUGAGCGCAAUGAUCAUGUCUGUCAACGGUGGCAUGACCUGCCUGAUGGUGUUGGGGAGGAAGUUUGAGGAGAGGGAUUUGGAUGAUAGAGGGUUUAAGGGGCUGAUGUCGGAGGCGAUGGCGGGGCCGUUCAAUCUCGGCGACUAUUACCCGUACCUGAGGUGGAUGGAUCCUCAGGGGUCGGCGCGGCGAUUUAAGAAGAUUGGCGUGAUUUUCGACUGGUUUGUUGAAAGUUGA